AUGGUGACUACCAGCCCCGUCGUUCAACAGAAUGGCGCGGCCAAGAUAAAACGACCAGUUCCGCCCGGCAUUCAAACCAACGGCAUCGCGUCGUCGAAUUCAUCCCCCUCACCUUCCAUGUCGGCAAAGAAACCGCCGACGAGCGCGAAACAGGCUCCGAAUUCGGCCAGCGAUCGCUCUAUAACCGCCUCCACGGUUCGCCCAGUCAACCGGGCGCGCCGCGAAAACUCAUCCCAGGCAGCCGGUAGGAAUUCGAGAAACAGUGCGGGAAUGCGUACUGGCUCGUUUUCUGUAGAUGCUGGUGCCAAGGAUGACGGCCCUCCCCCAUAUGUUGUUACCUCUCAAUACAUCUUGAGCAAACACUCAGGCAAACCCCCCUCCUUGGUUGUUCACCUACACGCUACCCACUUCCGAUUUGACGGGCAGGAUGGAAUGUUUCCCUACAAGUCGCCAAUGGGAAAAUUCAUCGAGCAUCUUAGAGCGCGCACACUUCCGCAUGAUAUUUUAGAAUAUCUGAUCGAAGCCAAGGUCCCAUUCUAUGAUGGAUGUCUCAUCGUUCAAAUCCACGAUCAUAAAUCUCUCGCCCAAACAACAAAGGCUGUCACUAAGGCUUCACGGACGUCUAACGCUGUCUUACCGUCGUCAAUUCACAACUAUAACCAAUGUCUAACGCCGUCGCCCUACGUACCGUUCCCGAAGGAAGAACAAGUUACGGAAAAUGGAAUUGCUAGCAAGGAUACUGACAACUCAAAGCAGUCACCAGAAGAAGAAAAGGACAAGGAGAGCGUGACUGCUCCAACACAACCAUCGGAAUCCACAACAACCAAGGAAGCGGCGAAGCCCAAGAUUUUCACCGCCGUCUUGCAUCCGACUCCUGAGUCUUUACAAGCGGAUCUCAAGAUCAAGGCCACGACCCCAAAAGGCGACGGCAAGGGUGUUAACGACACUCCAUCGCUUGCACCGCCGUCGACCCCAUUAUCCCUCGUUCCGCCAACACCGACUGCAAGUAGCAUGCCACCUCCCGCAAAUAAGCGCCAAAAGAAGGAGAGGAUGGAAUUGGACAGCAGCACCAUAUAUGCGGCCGAAGGACAGAUCCUCUUGGCAACAACUGCGCCCUUGAUACUAGAGCCAACACGGAACCCGGAAGAGACUAUUCUUUUAUUGGAGGCAAUGGCGCAUCCCAAGCACUCUGAGCCCCCGCCUCAACCAAAGACUCGAAAGAGGACUGUCGCUGAAAUGGCUGCCGACGAGGCUGCCGCUGCCGAUCAGGAACGAUACAUGCUUGUACUGGAUGAUAGACUGUCGGGCAAUACCUCUGGAGCUCAAGGAUCCAGCGCUACUGACGGUGAAGCCCAGACAAAUGCAGCGGCGUUUGAGCCGAGAUUUGAGAGGUUCAAAGUUAUCGAGGACAUCAAGAGAGAUCAUGCUGAGAAAAAGGAGCAAGAGAAGAUUAAACAACAGGAGAAUGAUCGACGUUUACAGCUUCAGAGACAGGAGCAGUUACUACAGGCUCAGCGCCAACAAGCAGAAGCCGAACGACAAAGGCGCGAGGCUGUUUUGAAGGAGAACCAGAUGCGACAGGAAGCCCAACGGCAACAGUUGGCGGCACGCUCUACUGCGGCGGCUGCGGCACAGAGCCAACAGCAACAACAAAAUCAGCAGACGGCUCAGAAGCAGCAGCAGCAGCAGCAGCAGAAGCCGCAGUCGCAGCCCCAGCCUCAACCGCAGCAACAACCACCUCAACAACAGCAGCAGCCCCAGCCUCAGCAGACGACGCAGCAUGCUCACCCUGCGCAAAAUGGUAUUACUGGCAACAUUUCGAAUGGGGUCCCUGCCGGCGGACAAAGUGCUAUGGCUAAUAAUAUGCAAGGAGCUGCACAACCUCGCUUCCCAGCUCAAAUGGCUCAAGCCGCAGCCGCCUCGUCUCCUGUGAUUCGGCAAGGAACACCGCUGUCUUCGCCGAUGGUCGGCAGUGUGCCUAUGCAGCAGACCAACUCCAACAUUGCGACCAGCCCCCCUCGACCGCCGUCUGCCGUUCAGAACGGUCAGAUGUCCGUACCCAUGGCGCAUAACAUGUCUGCUAGGGGCAGUCAACAGAGUCAUCCUUCUGGCACUCCUCGUAUGCCCAACUCGACGCCUAACAUGCCUCACGGUACACCAAUUAACCGACAAACCGUGAUAGCCACUCCACGGAUGACACACGCUAGCCCGCCUCCCAACAUGGUGGCUCAGAAUUCUCAAAUGGGCAUGAUGAAUCAACAGGGCAUGAACCAACACAAUCCGCAGAUCUUUGCGCAAAUGGCAGCACAGCAAAGAGCCAUUGCACAGCAGCAGCAGCAGCAGAUGGCGGCUAUGCAAAAUGGGGGUGCGAACGCGGGCUUGAAUCCACAGGGAAUGACACCUCAGCAACAGCAAAUGAUGCAAAUGAUGCAGAGGCAAAUGAUGUUGCAACAGCAGCAGCAACAAGCUCAGCAGCAACAGCAUCAGCAACAGCAACAAGGAGGCAUGAUGACACCCCAGCAGCAGCAGUUUGCUCAGCAGUACGCGCAACUGCAGCAGAACAUGCAAGGCAAUCGGACAGGGCAGAUGUCAGCACAGAUGCAGGCACAAUUACAACAAAUGGCACGAAUGGGACAGAUAAACAAUCCAAUGCAGAGACAGGUUAGCGGACAGAUGAUGAACGGUAGCAACGCAAAUAUGCAAGCCUUUGCUGCUAUGCAAAUGCAACAAGCGCAGCAACAGCAGCAGCAACAACACCACCCGCAGCAGCAGGGCCAACCUCAACCGCAGCAAAUGGGCGCCAACCCUAUCCAAGCCCAGAUACAAAUCAAUGCUCGGCAAAUAUAUUCUCGCCUAAUGCAGGGUGCAGUCGCCAAAUUUGGCAGCGCUGAAAACGUGCCACAGGACACACUUGAUAAGAUGAAGCAGUCCUCCUUGUUACAAGCGCAGCAAAUGCUUCAACAGAGCAUGGUACAACGGCGAGCACAACAGCAACAAAUGAUGCUGCAACAACAACAGCAACAAGCUGCGAUGCAAGGGAUGGGCGGUAUGAUGGGACACCCAGGCAUGUAG